AUGCCACCCCCCAUGAAAAGCAUCGGCGUUGUCGGAGCCGGAAACAUGGGCUCUAUGAUGACCCUCCGCUUCGCAGAACUCGGCCUCCAAGUCUCGAACGUCGAUGACGUGGUUCAUUACGCAAGAGACGACAAGGGCAUCACAGGCCGAGUCGAAGGAUUCUACGACAUCAACAAAUUCGCCAAAAGCCUAGAGGGCAAGUCCGACCGGAAACUAUUCAUGUUUUCUAUCACGCACGGCGAGCCUGCAGACGAAGUACUUCGAAUGCUGAAGCCCGAUCUCAAAGAGGGCGAUAUCAUCCUCGAUGGUGGAAACGAGAACUACCGGAACACCGAGCGGCGCCAGAAAGAAUGUGCCGCCAUCGGUGUUGCCUGGAUCGGAAUGGGCGUUUCGGGUGGGUAUCAGUCUGCGCGACGGGGACCUAGCCUUUCACCUGGAGGAGAUGCUAAAGCUAUCGAGCGUGUUAUGCCAUUCUUGGAGUCGUAUGCGGCGCAUGAUCCCAAAUCUGGGGUUCCGUGUGUGAAGCGUAUGGGUCCCGGUGGAUCGGGACACUACAUCAAGAUGGUCCAUAAUGGUAUCGAGGGUGGUAUGCUUUCUGUUCUUGCUGAGACAUGGCAAUACAUGCAUGAGGGGCUGGCCAUGGAACAUGGCAAAAUCGGAGAUGUCUUUGCUAAAUGGAAUGAGUCUGGCGAGCUGCGGGGUAACUACUUGAUUAACAUCGGUGCCGAUAUGUUGCACACAAAGAGAACACCCAAAGGGGAUCGCAAAGGCGAGGGAGCUAGUCGGGAUGAUGGAUAUGUGCUUGACGAUGUCCUCGACAAGGUAGUCCAGGACGACGAUGACACUGAAGGAACUCCACUCUGGUGUCUCAUGGAGUCUGCUGCCCGACAUGUCUCUUGUCCGACGUUAGCUGCCGCCCAUUACAUGCGAAUCUCAAGUGGAAAUCGGAUAGAGAGAGCGCGUGCUGCGAAGAAGCUGGAGAUGCCCAUGCCGAAACCGAUCGAGGGAACCCGGGACCAUGCAGUGAUCAUCGAAAACCUACGACAGGCUGUGUAUUGCUCGUUCCUGGCAUCUUUCUGUCAGGGCUUGGAGCUGAUUUCCCGAGCUUCAAUUGACGAAGGCUGGAAUGUUAACUUGGGCGACUGUCUCCAGAUUUGGCGAGCGGGAUGUAUCAUUAAGUCGGAGCAUAUCGCGGAUCUACUGCAGCCGCCACUUGCAGCCCACAAUGAGUUGACGAAUACCAAGUUUGUGGAUGCGGUCGCACAUGAGUUGCGCCAGAACUUCCACAGCCUCAAACAGGUGGUCAUGGAGGGGACGAUGUUUGAUCAGUAUAUUCCGGCUCUGUCGGCUACUCUGGAAUAUCUCAAGUAUGAGGGUGGAUUGGGACUGCCGACCAAGUUCAUGGAGGCGCAGAUGGAUUACUUCGGUGCCCACAACUAUAACAAGCCUGGCAUUCCAGGUGAGGAUCCAGGACCAGUUCACAAGGGUCCUCAUCAUUAUGAGUGGUUGCCGGCUUAG